AUGAUUCUCCAAACAAGUCAUCUCUUCAGGGCCGUGGUCGCUACCCUUGCUGCCACGGCUGCGACCUGCUUGGCAGCCCCGGCCACGUGCUGCUCCGGGGCAGAACUGCCGCUGCCCGUCAGGACGGUGUACCAGUUCACCACGGAGACCUGGAUCGAAAACCUGGCCGUGCGACCAAACGGCAACCUCCUUCUAAUCGUCGAUGAGAAUGUUACCUCCCCUGUGCAUCCCGUUGCCCUCUACCAGCUCGCCAACCCCGCGUCGCCGCAUCCGGAGCUCUCCCUCGUCUACUCGUUCCCCCUUGGCACGGUCUUGGGCAUCACCGAGGUCCAGCACGAAGUCUACGCCGUCCUGGCUGAGAACUUCACCGGCAAUUUCGAAUCGGUUCCCGGAACAACCAAGAUGUACACUUUCGACUUCAAUGGCGGCGCCGACAUGUACGCGGCCAGUGUGUGGGCCGUUAACAUCACCACCGGCACCACCAGGCUCUUCGCGCAGGCGCCCGAGAUGGCCCAGGUUCACAACUACACCAGGAUGGGCAUCAACGGCCUGCGUGUCGCGUACGACUACCUGUAUUUUACAAACAGCGACCUCAAGUGCGUGUUCCGCAUCCCGAUGGAUGUAACAGGCGCACAGGCGAGCCCUAACUGGCCUGGGUAA